AUGGUUAUUACGCAUGGCGCCGAGCCCGACGAAACCUCUAUGGGUCUCUACGCCGAAUGGCUUCAAAUGUUCCCUCCCAAGCCUAGUAGGCCUUCCGAUAUCUAUAGCAUGCCCGAGUCGGCCGCUGCCUCCCCAGAGGAGGACUGCGCUUUCGAAUACACCGACGGACAGUCAUGUGUGGAGGAACAUCAAGAUACAAUGGAAGAAGAUCAUCAGGAACAAACAGAAGCGGAAGACCAGACCGCGGACACGCUAGGUGUAGCCUAUGACGGGAACGGGACGAUCCCGGGGGACAUGCUGAGAGAUCCCAGACUUAUGAGCAAAGUUUUCACCGACCUAGAUAGUCGAGUCAGGGGCGUAGAAGAACAGUUCUUGGAACAGAACGCUUGGAAUGGAAAUAUGCAGCAAAACAUGGAGAAUAUGGCACAUGGUUAUGACGAGAUUCAAAACCUCAAAAAAACCAUAGCCACGUUACAAGAAAAGGUUGCCGCCUUAUCCUUGGCCAGAAAUGGCACGGUGGAGCGGAGGCCAGGACGCCCGAAACGACCCACGCAGUGA